AUCUUUAUAAAAUGGUAGGCAUCUAGGCUUAAAACCAUUCUCCAAUGAGAUACGGUGCAGUAAGCUUUCACCAUGGCGUCCUUUCGGCAGACUCUUGUUGUUGCAUUCAUCAUGUUCGGGGUUUUCACCGCCAUUACGGCGAGCGACGAUCCCACCGGUAGCAGGGAGGCUCAACAAGUCCGCUGGCAGCAAAACGGCAACCCGCUGGAUGGUUCAGCAUACUGCGGGACCGCCUGUAACUGUACCACGGUCCAAGAAAUUGUUUCCAAUGAACUACAGAGUACAACCACCCGACUGGUUCAACUGGAAAGAAACAUCGCUAGCAAAGUAGAUGACGUGUCCACGGAAUUGAAUGACAUGAAACUGCAGCUGGACCAGCUGAAGGGGUCAGUCAGAGAGCUUGCUGAGCUUCUGAGAAACAAAUCCGUCAUCCCUCCUUUGCACCCGAAGGACUGUUCCGAAGCCUUUGCAAACGGUGAGACCACCAGUGGCGUGUACACAGUUCAACCAGCCGAUGAAAAAGAACCUUUCAGUGUGUACUGUGAUAUGGACACAGAUGGAGGCGGAUGGACGGUAUUUCAGCGGCGUCAAGACGGCUCUGUUGACUUUUACCGUGACUGGGAGAGCUACCGCCAGGGGUUCGGUGACCUGAACGGCGAGUUCUGGCUCGGCAAUGACAACCUGCAUCGACUCACCGCUCAGGGCGAGUACAGACUGCGCGUCGAUCUUGAGGACUUCGGAGACAACACGAGAUACGCCGAAUAUGACACGUUUCGUGUUGCCAGUGGGAGAGAAAACUACCAGUUGACGGUGGGAGGCUAUACAGGAACAGCUGGUGAUUCAUUAUCUUAUCAAAAUAACCUUCCAUUCACCACUAAAGACCGAGACAAUGGUCCAGCCGGUUUUAACUGUGCUUCAGAGUACUUCGGCGCCUGGUGGUACGCAGCAGGCUGUCACGUAUCAAAUUUGAACGGCCUGUACCUCAGUGGACAGACGUUUCAGCUGGGACUGGGUGUAGUUUGGGCCGACUGGCGAGGACAUUACUACUCAUUGAAACGAACCGAGAUGAAAAUUAAGGCAGCCAGCAAUUAGUUUCAUGGAGUUAAUUUGCUGGUUGAUCUAGAUGAUGGUCUUGUCGAUAGCCCGUUAGUAAUUUUAGAUAAAACUUUGCAAACAGGGUUGUCAUACCAACAAGGUUGUAAGGGGUUUAAAAAUAUCAGAUGCCCUCUCUUUUCUGUCGUACAUUUUACUUCCUAAAGGAUCCAGACUCCUUCUACCUUGUGUUACGAUUUUGAUUUCCUUUUUCUCCUACACUUUCUUCUUUUUUUCAUGUUUAUUUCCCUUCUGCUUUGCUGUUUAGACUGUACAUUCAACGACAAAAACAAUAAGUUGCAAUAACUUUUGGGUUUAUAUUCCUUUUAUUUGCUAACCCCCGAUGGGCGUCCUUACUUGUAAAUUCAGGGUCCGUCGCUGACAGUGAAGAAUGCUCUUCGACUCAUCUCCAUCGCUCAUCCAGACCCUGCCCUUUAGAACAAUACUACAGUGGUAAACUUUUGGCUUGUUUAAACACGAGUUUUCUGUUACUGCAUUAUUUCCAGACUGUAUACACUCUUGACACUGUGCCCAAAUAUCAUGUAACAGUAAUGUAAGCUCUCCAUUUCGAGUAAUACGGGCGAUACACAAUACAGUGCGCCACCAAGAGUUUGCCGCAGACAGGCCACUUUUUAAGUUUAAGGUCGACAUGCUAUCACGAUUUAGCGCACUUUGGUACGUAACUUGCUGAUAUUUGAUUUAUCAAGUCGUUUCAGGCACCGCACAAAAACAUCAUUUUGACCACCAAGCACUCAAUCGCAAUAAGCAAUGUUGAAAUUUUCAACCAAAAUAAACAAACAAUUGGAAAAAUUGCAGUUUCCCGCGCACGGCGCAGUUCAAGAAUGGUACAUUUUCGAGUGUGUAUCCCAUAACGCACUUCGAAAAGGCCUCUCCUUGACAACCGCUUUGUGGAGGACAGCAGUGUGAAUCGCCUGCAUUCAUAAUGUAUAAUAUUUAUCGAUACUCUAAACAUGUUUGAAUUUGUACUUGAUUACAGCUUGAUAUUAGUGUGAUUAGGAAACUGCCAAACUCCAGCUUACAAAGGUUUAAUGAAUUAAAGACCCCCCCGCAAAUUUGGGUCGUUUCUUUUUUGUCUUGUUCUCUUGUCAUGUGUGAAACGUCGCCACCGUCUUUCUUAAAACAAAUCAGAAAAUUAAAAAAAGUGGAUCAACAUUUGUAAGUAAAAUUUAAUAUCAUAGUUCACAGUAUCAAACGUGCCGUCCCAGUGCAAGACUAUCUUGGAAAUUGUCAAAUUUAACCUUUUUUUCCACUGGCUAAAAAAAUGACAAGAACGACCUCCAGAAUAAUGUACAAGGAUAUCUAAAAAAAAAAAAAAGCGGCGGGACUGCUUGUAGCCCUCCGAGCAGACUUCGCCCCCUUAAACACCCCGCCCCUUUCCUCCAUGUGGUGAUUGUGGUCUCCAGGUCAGUUCCUAGUCAUACCUGAACCUAAACGAUUUUUAUGGUAGUUAAUGUAUCCCUGAGGCCCCCCUCUAACUACAUUACGUUUUCUACUUUGUUUGUUCUUGUGAUGGUCAAAUAAAUAAUAAUAAUAAUAGUAGGAAUAAUGGCGCUAAC